UGGGUAUUUAAGGAGCGGGGGCUGACCCUUUCUUGGGCAGCGAAAAAAGAAGGUUCCUUUCCUUCUCUUCCCCUCUUAUUCUAUUAGUAAAGAUCUCUUCAUUCAGUUCCUCUCUUGAGUCUUUCGGAGCAUUUUUUGAGGCAGUAGAAUAAGCCAAAAACAUGGUGAAGAUCUGCUGCAUCGGAGCAGGCUAUGUCGGCGGUCCGACAAUGGCCGUGAUAGCCCUUAAGUGCCCAUCAAUCGAGGUCGUGGUUGUUGACAUCUCCACUACCCGCAUUGCAGCCUGGAACAGCGACCAGCUCCCGAUCUACGAGCCAGGCCUCGAGGAUGUGGUCAAGGAGUGCCGUGGCCGCAACCUCUUCUUCAGCGUUGACGUUGAGAAGCACGUCUCUGAGGCCGACAUCAUCUUUGUCUCUGUCAACACCCCGACCAAAACCCGUGGUCUUGGUGCCGGCAAGGCUGCUGAUCUCACCUACUGGGAGAGCGCCGCCCGCAUGAUCGCCAAUGUCUCAAAAUCCGACAAGAUUGUUGUUGAGAAAUCCACUGUCCCUGUCAAGACCGCUGAGGCGAUCGAGAAGAUCCUGACACAUAACAGCAAGGGCAUCAACUAUCAGAUCCUCUCCAACCCUGAAUUCCUUGCAGAGGGCACGGCGAUCAGUGACCUGUUCAACCCCGACCGCGUGCUAAUUGGUGGGCGUGAGACUCCAGAGGGAAGGAAGGCAGUUCAGGCACUGAAGGAAGUUUAUGCCCAUUGGGUACCUGAGGAUAGGAUCCUAACCACUAACUUGUGGUCGGCUGAGCUAUCCAAGCUUGCAGCUAACGCAUUCCUGGCUCAGCGCAUCUCGUCUGUCAAUGCGAUCUCUGCGCUUUGCGAGGCAACCGGUGCUAACGUGUCUGAGGUGGCCUACUCUGUCGGGAAGGACUCCCGUAUUGGGCCCAAGUUCUUGAACGCCAGUGUCGGGUUCGGUGGGUCGUGCUUCCAAAAGGAUAUCCUUAACCUGGUCUACAUCUGCGAGUGCAAUGGUCUUCCUGAAGUGGCUAACUAUUGGAAGCAGGUUAUAAAGAUUAACGACUACCAAAAAAGCCGGUUUGUGAACCGAGUUGUCUCCUCCAUGUUCAAUACUGUUGCGGGUAAGAAGAUUGCGGUGCUCGGCUUUGCUUUUAAGAAGGAUACUGGGGACACUAGGGAGACUCCCGCCAUUGAUGUGUGCAAGGGUUUGUUAGGUGAUAAGGCCACAAUCAGUAUAUAUGAUCCUCAAGUUACUGAAGAUCAGAUCCAACGUGAUCUCGCCAUGAACAAGUUCGAUUGGGACCAUCCAAUUCACCUCCAGCCAAUGAGCCCAACUGCGGUUAAGCAGGUUAGUGUGACUUGGGAUGCAUAUGAGGCCACUAAGGGAGCUCAUGGUGUAUGCAUUCUUACUGAGUGGGAUGAGUUCAAGAACUUGGACUACGAGAAGAUCUAUGAGAACAUGCAGAAGCCUGCUUUCCUGUUUGAUGGGCGCAACGUGGUGGAUCCGGUGAAGCUUAGGGCGAUCGGAUUCAUUGUUUACGCCAUUGGAAAGCCGCUCGACGCAUGGCUCAAGGACCUGCCUGCGGUUGCUUAAUAAUAGAGGUUGCGAUCAAGCAGAAUGGUGAUGGAAGAGCUUUUGUUGGUGUUAGAUAAAACAACAAUUCUUUAUAGCUAUUAUUUCCUCAUAGUGAUUGGUUCUUUCCGUGGUCGUGUGUCGGAUUAGGGGUUGAAACUAGUCAGUUUUAUUGUUACCGAGCAUUUUAGUAUCAUAACUGCUAUGCUCUGUUUUUCUCUUUAAGAUCUGGAUACUGAAAUUCUAUUUUGCUAGUUGUCACAUUUGUUCUUACUCCUACUUGAUUACAUCAGUUCUGUCAAAUUUAUGAUAUUUGGAAUAAAUUUUUCCUCUUCAAUUUUUUAA